UUAACGUUAGGGAAACGCGACUCCUAAAACCUUGAUUCUGUUCCCUUUGGUUUCACCGAUCAAAAUCCCCUUCUCAUCAAUUUUCUAUCUCGAAGAUUUCAUGCCUACCCACCUUUAAUCUUAACCAACGGAAGAGACGCGGCGUGCAAUUUGACUGUUCCAAUUUCCUUUUCAACGUUCAAUUAAACCCUAGCCUCUUCCUUUUGCUUCUAUCGGGGGGGAAGGGAAUCAUGUCUUUCGAUCUCAUGCUGAAGCCGUCCUGCAGCGGCUGCGGAUCCUCCCAAGAUCUGUACGGUAGCAACUGCAAGCACAUGACCCUCUGCGUCUCUUGUGGCAAAACCAUGGCCGAGAACCAAGGCAAAUGCUUCGAAUGUGGCGCCAUUGUCACCCGCUUGAUUCGAGAAUACAAUGUUAGAGCAAGUCCUAGCACCGACAAGAACUACUUUAUUGGUAGGUUUAUGACUGGGUUGCCCAAUUUUUCAAAGAAGAAAAAUGCUGAGAAUAGAUGGUCUCUGCAAAAAGAUGGGCUACAAGGACGCCAAGUUACUGAUGCUUUGCGGGAGAAAUAUAAGAACAAACCUUGGUUGUUGGAGGAUGAAACAGGUCAGGCUCAAUAUCAAGGUCAACUUGAAGGUUCACAGUCGGCAACUUAUUACCUGCUUAUGAUGCAAGGAAAGGAAUUUGUAGCGAUUCCUGCUGGUUCUUGGUACAAUUUUAACAAGGUUGCUCAGUAUAAGCAACUUACACUAGAAGAAGCUGAAGAAAAAAUGAAGAACAGGAGGAAGACUGCAGAUGGUUAUGAGAGAUGGAUGAUGAAAGCUGCGAAUAAUGGCGCUGCUGCGUUUGGUGAAGUGGAGAAGAUUGAUGAAAAAGAAACUGCUGCUGCUGGUGGGAGGGGACGUAAAAAGUCAACUGGUGAGGAGGAAGAAGGUCAUGUAUCAGAUAGAGGAGAAGAAGAUGAAGAAGAGGAAGCUGCCAGGAAGAAUAGGCUUGGACUUAACAAAAAAAGUGGUGAUGAUGAUGAAGAAGGUCCAAGGGGAGGUGAUCUUGAUAUGGAUGAUGAUGAUAUUGAGAAGGGUGAUGAUUGGGAGCAUGAAGAAAUAUUCACUGAUGAUGAUGAAGCUGUUGGUAACGAUCCUGAGGAAAGGGAUUUGGCCCCUGAAGUUCCUGCUCCACCGGAAAUCAAGGAGGAUGAAGACGAGGAGGAUGAGGAGCAAGAAGGAGGACUGAGUAAGUCCGGGAAAGAGUUGAAGAAGCUAUUAGGGAAAGCUAGUGGGCUUAAUGAUUCAGAUGCAGACGAAGAUGAUGAUGAUGAGGAUGUGGAUGAUGAUAUGAACUUUAAUCCUACACCAGCUCCUAAGCAGAAGGAUGCACCUAAAGAAGAACCAGCUGACAACAGUCCAAUGAAACCGGCUCCUUCAGCUUCUGCUCGGGGAACCCCAGCUGCAUCUAAGUCAUCAAAGGGAAAGAGAAAAGGUGAUGAUACAAAAGCAUCAAAUGGUACCCCUCUGAAGAAGGUUAAAUCAGAACCUGAGUCAAAAACUUCUGUGAAGGAGGAAAAUACAUCUGCUUCGAAAGGCAGUGCGCCUUCCAAGGGCACAUCAUCCUCUGCAAAAGCUGGAUCAACAUCAGCUGCCAGUGCUUCUUCUUCUAAAGCAGGUUCAGCAUCAACUGCUGGACCUGUAACUGAAGAAGAAAUCAGGGCUGUGUUAUUACAAAAGGCACCUGUAACAACAUCUGAUCUUGUUGCUAAAUUUAAAGCUAGGUUAAAAUCUCCGGAGGACAAGAAGGCUUUUGCAGAUAUUCUUAGGCGAAUUUCUAAGAUACAAAAGACGAAUGGGCCUAAUAACUACGUCGUGUUGAGAGAAAAGUGAGGUUUAUAUCUGUGUUUCAAGGUGUGCCGUAAUAAAGUCUUAUGCUUUGGUCGUCAACAGAGAGGGGAAAGUGUAACUUGCAUUUUCUGGAAAUGGAUUUUGCGAGUGGCAAGUUAGAAACAAGAGGUGAUAAGGAAAUCUGGUGUAUCAUCCUUGUAAGCAGGCAUCUUUCUAUGUGAAUUUUAAGACAGGUACCUGGACACUGUAUACCUACAUGGAUUUUUCUGGAAUUUAGAGUUUGACAUUUUGUCAUGCUGAAUGGGGAGUUUCCUUAUUAUAUUAGCAGAAGGGCUAAAAAAAAUCUCACACAGUUAUAAUUUUCAGGUUUAGCCGUAUAGGUGCUGGCAUUCCCAUGUUGCCUUAUCAAUCUGUUGGAAACUACAAACUAUCCUGUUAUGUCAACAUUUCGUCUGAAAACUUGAGCCAUUGGCACUUUUAAAACACAUUGCAUCAUCUAA